ACUGAUUCUCUCCCAGCCGACACACGGAGUAUUUAAGACUUUACACACUGAUUUUUUUAAAGCCGGGACCAUGAUGAUCCCAAGCAUCAUUGCGCCUCCUGCCCUCUACCCGGGGCUGUACCGGCCCGCUGCGGCUCUGCCGCUCCACCAGACCCUGCCGUCUUCCUUCACGACUCACUCCAGCUUUUUAGUGGAGGACUUGCUCAGGAUAAGUCGCCCUGCCGCCUUCAUUAACCGGACUGUCCCGUCAGCGAGUGCCUCCCUGCCCACUGCUACCACCACCCUGUCUUUCGCCGGCGCGCACGCGGAGCGCGCGGCGGUCACGACCUCCGUGACGCGCGAAUCGUGCUCACCCAAAACGUCAGUGCCGAGCAGCAAGGACCCGAGUUUUCUCAAGUUUGGAGUGAGCGCCAUCCUCGCACCUUCACCAAAGACGGCGUCCUCACCCCCUACAGUCCACAGCCUGCACUCCAAGACCUUCCCCGUCCCCUGCUUUGACGGAACCUUUCACCCCAUAUUCAGGACGCCUUAUCUACCAGCAUCUUCCUCCAUUGUUCCCAUCCCGGGGACUUUUUCGUGGCCCCUGACCGCCAGAGGGAAACCCCGAAGGGGGAUGCUGAGGAGGGCGGUGUUCUCCGACGUACAGCGGAAGGCCUUGGAGAAAAUGUUCCAGAAACAGAAAUACAUAAGCAAGCCCGACAGGAAGAAAUUGGCCUCUAAACUAGGCCUAAAAGACUCCCAGGUGAAAAUCUGGUUCCAGAACCGGCGGAUGAAGUGGAGGAACUCCAAGGAACGAGAGCUGCUCUCCUCCGGGGGCUGCCGCGAGCAGACCCUGCCCACCAAAGCUAACCCGCACCCGGACCUCAGUGACGUUGGCAAGAAGUCAUCCGCCGAGGAUGAAGACGAGGAAGAGGAAGAGUUCGGAAGAGAGAGAAUGAGGGUGACAGCGUCUAGAGUCUCCUCUCCCUCUCUGUCCAGUAAGCACUCGGACUUUUCAGAGUCAGAUGAAGAAGAAAUAACAGUAUCUUAAUUUAUUAAAAAACAAAAAAAAACAAAUAUAGAUAUGACCCAUGUUUUGUUUUAUAUGAGACUGUGACCACGUGUGUAAGAAACAAACUCCAUAAAUAUCAUUGUUCAAAAGUCAAGUUUCACUCAAGUUUGCCGUUUCAUUAGUGUGGACUGAGACACAAUUUGCUGUUUUGCACAGCUUUGUUCAAUUGUACAGUAUUUUGUAAAUUUUUGUAUGGAAUUUUUAUGCCAAGAAUAUUACUUUUCCCUUG